CACUCGUUCCUUGGUUCGGCGGGAGGACGGCCACCGACUCUUGCUCUCGCUGUUGUGUGGAUUUCGAGGAUCGUGGAGUAUCGGCAGCGGAGGAGAGCGAAAAGCUGGCUGUGCUGUGCGCGCCGUACACUCGUUGCGCUGCUGCCGGUGGUGGCGGUGUCGGGAAUUCCAUGCUGAUCGAACCGUACGCUACGGCCGUCCGACCGCAUCCGCAGCUUGGGGCCGCCCUCUGCCCGGAUCCGGCCUCGUCCGCCGAUGCGGCCCUGACUCUGUUCACGCCCUGGGCGCCCUCCUCGCUGGUGGGCGCCGCCGCCCCGGCCACCGCCGGCAACCCCUACGCCGCCGCCGCAACCGCCGUGCCGGCCGUGGUCACACCACAGCAGCAGCAGCAGACUGCACUGUUCCGCCCCGCGGCCACCUCGAUCCACGCCCUGCGGGCCGCGUCCCUCCUUCACCAGCAGGUGCUUAUGAAGAUGGAAAUGACCACACAGACGCCCAUUGAAAUGAAAGUCAAUUGGGCAACAUCACCUAGCAACACUCCUAAACAAGAUACAAGUAAACAUUAUCAUAUUUUUGUUGGAGAUCUUAGUCCUGAAAUUGAAACUGCACAAUUAAGAGACGCCUUUGGACCAUUUGGAGAAGUAUCGGAUUGCAGAGUUGUAAGAGAUCCACAGACGCUCAAGUCGAAAGGCUAUGGGUUUGUUUCAUUUGUUAAAAAAGGGGAUGCUGAAAAUGCUAUUACCACAAUGAAUGGGCAAUGGUUAGGUAGUCGGGCUAUUCGAACAAAUUGGGCCACCCGAAAACCACCAGCCAAUAGGUCUCAAAAUGAAUUUCAUCUUUUUAAAGCUUCUGCCAAACCACUUCAAUUUGAUGAAGUAUAUAACCAGUCAAGCCCAACAAAUUGUACUGUAUAUUGUGGAGGAAUAGCUCAAGGACUAACUGAUGAUUUAAUGCAAAAAACAUUUAGUGCUUUUGGAGCAAUUCAAGAAAUAAGAGUAUUUAAAGAUAAAGGCUAUGCAUUUAUUAGGUUUGCUACAAAAGAAGCCGCAACACAUGCAAUAGUAGCUUCUCAUAAUACAGAAAUAAAUGGACAAACAGUGAAAUGUUCUUGGGGGAAAGAAGCUGGUGAUCCUAAUAACCAGCAGCAGCAACAGGACAAUCAUGAAGCAUUUCAAAACAUAGCUGCACAAUACACUUAUCCUUACCAACAAAUGAGCUAUUGGUAUCCACAAGGCUAUCCUCAAAUGCAAGCUGGCCAAUUCAUGCAGAGUAUGCAAUAUCCUUAUGGACAGUACUAUGGACAAGGUUUUGGCCCUAUGAGAAGACGCGAUGAGCAACCUAAACAGCCUAUAAGGGAAACUGCCGCACCAUAUGUUGUGCGGGGAGAAACAAAAACAUCAACUUACAGGUGAUUUGAAAUGCCAGCCAUAUUAUAUGAUGUAGAUUGACUUUUGAAAUAGCAAUUAUCCUUGCAGCGAAUGUGUCCUACACCAAAUAUUUCUUUUAUGGCCUGAUUUGCAUUCAACAUGUAAACAUUCAUUAAAUAUGUGUAUAUUUGUUCCUUUCUUCCUGUGAGACUGUUAAACAGCAUUAUUACUAAGCAAGCUACAUCAUAUAAUACAUCAAAAAACUCCAUAUCGCAGAAGAGUUCGAAAGGGAAAAAAGAGAAAAUGAAAAGUUAAAGAAACAAAAAUAUUUUAAUUUUAAUGUAUGAAAAUUUUUCAUUGGUGUAGACUGUAAAGCGAUGUAGUUUCUCAUCAAUUCUGGCUCAUAGAUAUUAAUAAAAAUUAAUGUAUCUGAUA